AUGCAGAGCCCCACGACCGCAAACGACGGCAUCCGCACGACUGCGCCCGUGCCGCCUGUGCAGCGCUGCCAAGUCAAGACCAAGAGCCGGCGCAGUCGACGACCGCUGCCCACUUGCGAUGGCUCGACCCCAUCUGCUUCAUCUGCUUCUUCUUCUUCUUUCGCCUCCACUUCGUCUUCCUCUUUCUUGUCGCCGUCGUCGCACGUGUCGCUGCCGCUCGCCUCGGCGCCCCGCACGGUCGAGUUCCUGUGGAGCGGCUGCACUGCGCCCGGCUUUACGCUCAAGCGCAAGCGCUCGGGCGCCAUUCUCGUGAGCACUGUGACGCACGAGACGCAGGUGGCGACAACGCUGCGAGUCGGGAGCGAGUUCAAACUCGUGGGCGGGUUCCCCGUGAACCGCCUCACGCUGCAAGACGUCAAGAAGGUCAUGCUCCUGGCCCCCAAGCCCGUGAGUCUCGUGUUUGUAAACACCAGCGACGUCAUUGUUAGUGCCGUUGACGUCGACGUGGACGUGGACGCCGACCGCACGCAGGGGAACCUCUUGACCGUUGCGAGGAGGAAACUGUCGUCGGCCACGUCCACAACGGGUCCGUCGCUGGCGUCGACCACCGGCAUCUUGCGACGCAGUGUGAGUCUCAACUCGCGCAGCGUCAUGGACAAGAGCAGCAACAGCGACACGAGCCGUCGACGCAGCUUCGCCAAGGAGCACAAAGUCUCGAAGCUGCAGCUGGCGUUGCACCGCGUGAACCAGUUACUGAACCGUCCCGUGCGACGCGCCGGGCUGCACGUUACAGUUGACAAGAGCAUUGUCGUGUGA